CGCCCCUUGUUGUGGUUUUUGACUCCAUCCGGAAGCGGAAGACUUCAGCGUUUUAGAGAAGUGAACUAAAGUUUGACAGAUUUCACGGAGUUGCGAUUCAAUUUUUCGGUUUCCUUUCUGGACAGCGCAGUCUAAUGGUGUCCCUUCCCCGGCUGUAGCCACCUGACCACAUACAAGGAGGACCAGUACUGGCGCUUGGACUUGGUCGGACCAUGGAGCAGAGCGAGACAGCAGCAAGCAGAGCCGUGCCUACUGAACCUGCAGGCCUGGGUCUGGACCAGGGACGGCUGGGUCUGGAAUCUGGGACCCAGGCCGUGGACCAGGGAGGGCAAGGGAAGGAGCCUGGAGGCCAGGGUCUCGAUCUGGAUAUGGACCAGGGAGGGCCGGGGAUGGAGCCUGGGGCCCAGGUUGAGACAGCAGGCCAGGAGGAGGCGUCCCAGGGCCACUGUCGAGCGCAGCACCCCUGGAGAGUGGCCUGUCUGAAGAGGAAGGCCUGGGCCCAGAGCAGGGGCUCCUGGCAGGAGUCCGAGUCCCAGGAUGAGGAGCCGGAAAGUAGCCUUCCUCCUCCUCCUCCUCUGCCCACUCCCUCUGGCCCUCCUCAAGCUGUCAAUGGGGAGAAACCUGCUCCUGCAGACGACACAGGACGCAUCCCUAACAAGAUAGCCUGCUGGCUGAAGGACUGUAGGACGCCACUGGGAGCCUCUCUGGACGACCAGAGCUCUUCUCCGUCUAAAGGAGGACUGAGAAACGGUUGCAGCUUUGAGGAUGAUCUGUCACUGGGGGCUGAGGGUGAGUUACACACACGCGCACACACACACACACUUAUAUAUCUCCUCUCCUCAGGUCGGUUCCGGCAGAUUGAGGUUCUGACCACCGUGGCCAAUGAGUUCUUCACGCUGUACUCCCAGGUGUCGGGCCAGCCCGUCCAGAAGAUCGGCAGCCGCGACGGCGAGACCCCCGCGCCCCUGAAGAAGAGCAACUCGGCCCUCAACGUGGCCAAGCUGCUGAAGAAAAGCCUCAGUAAGCCCAACGUACUGUCUUCCUCCCAGACCGCGGACGGCACCCCCAGCAACCCCAGCCCCCCUGCCCUGCAGCCCCCCUCCCCAGGCCCCCCAGAACCUCUCCCCUGCCCUGAUCCCGGCCCCGGCCCCGGCCCGGCUGACGGCUGCAGUACGGAGGCCGACCAGCGGGGGGAGCACAAGCAGAAGACCUUCCGGAAAAAGGACCCUCCUUCCCUGGCUACCGUUACGGAGGAAAGCAACGGCAGCAGCUUGGAACCCCCGCUGAGCCUGGAGGAGCUGGGCGACGCGCACACGCUCUCACGCACACCUGCUCCGACCGGGGAGAAGCCGGGGGGAGGUGGGAGAGAGGGUGGAGGAGAUUUGGAGGGAGAGGACCAGCCUGUUCUUUGGGCAGACCAGGAGAGGCAACAGGACAAGGUGAAAACUUUAACCACGGACAAACUGCUCCACCCAGGCCUGCUGCAAGGAGAGCACCACCCUGGUCUGCUGCCCAACCCGCACAUCGCUCACCUCCGCACUCAAACUAAGGACUCCUUUGAGAUGGAGGAGGUUCAGAGUAAUGAGGACGAGGCUCUUCCUGGAACACGCAGCACCUCCAGGGCAGGUAGCGACCAGUUCCUGAGAACAGCCAGCCAGCACUCCGACAGUAGUGGAUUUGCUGAGGACCCCUCCACGGACAACUCUGCGUGCUACCUGAAGGUGCAGGAGAGCACCGACAGCUGUGACAGCGAGACCACGGUGACGUCACACGCUGGGGAAGUGACCACGCCCCUGGCCCAGGACCACCCUGCCUUCGCUAGGCUGCAGGGCAGCGAAGGGGAGGAGUCUGAGGCUGGACAGCAUGUCGACCAGGAAGAGAUUCCCCAGUACACCGUCCACCAGAUCCCCAAACGUCCUGCCAGAGGAACCGACCAGGAGCAGCAGUCCAGCCCUGAAGAGGAACCAGCUCCAGCCCCUGACCUCCUCCAUCCGCAGCCCCUGCCCGCACCUGACCUCCAGGCCCAAGCCCAGACCCAACCCCAACCAGCACCUGGACCUCCCUCUGCUCCACAUCCGGUUCCUGAGGAGGCAGGGCAGGAGGAGGUGGAGGAGGAGGUAGAAGACAGCAGCAGGCUCGGCUCCGAGGCCAGCGUCCACAUGGCGCUGAUCCGGGCCCAGCAGCGGGCCUGCUCCGUGUGGGAGGAGGCCGAGGCACAGGGGAGACGGGUUGAGCUGCAGCCCAGGAACCUGCUGCGUGGCCGGGGUCGCGGCCGAGGCCGGGGCCUCCUCAGAGCUCCCAUGCAAAGGUCCAGCUCCCUCCCCACCUCCCUGCUCAGCCCCUCCAAGGUGGUGUCCUCAGUCAAGAUCCAGUUCGGGAGGGGUGCUCUCACAUGCUGCACCCCCCCUGCCUACUCCUACCACUUUAACCACCAGGAGGAUGAGGAGGAGGAGGAGAGGAAGGACGAUGACCAGUCUAGUUGUCGCUCCACCCUGAUUAUAAACCCCGCCCCUGCAGAAGUUGACCAAUCCCCCGCGGUUCCCUACCCCCGGCCUAUCCCCAGCCACUUGACCCGCUCGACCCAAUCCCUGCACAGCUCCAGCCCACCUCCCGAUUGGUUCGUCAAACCCCUUGGAGACCACGCCCACUCCUGGAGCACAUGGAGUGUCCCCAACCUGUCUCAGCCCUCCCCUCGACCCCACCCCACCCACGCUCACCUCGACCCCCACCUCUCCAACCCCCACCUCUCCAACCCCCACCGCCCGUACAGCCACCCAGCCCAUCUCCCCCACCCGAGCCCCAGCCUAGCUCAGUACACCCACCCGCACAGCCUCUACCCCUCUCCCAGCCUCCCGUAUGGCAGUGCCCCCAACCUGCUCCAGCAACAGGCGUCCAGCCCCUACCCUCCAGCUCCCAGCCCCUACCCUCCAGCUCCCAGCCCCUACCCUCCAGCUCCCAGCCACCACCACCCGCCUCCCAGCCACCUCCAUGGCUUCCCUUACAGCCCCCAACCCCCCCCAGGCUCUUACUACCCCCCCUACCACACCCCUCCUCCUGGCUACCCCUAUGGCUCGCCCUACUACGGCUACCCCACUAACCCCUACGGCCACAGCCUCGACAUGUCCUACUCCCUGCCCGCCCCCCACUCUGCUGGCCCCUACUCCAGCCUCUACAGAGGCCAGCAGUUUGCCCCUUCGCCCUUCUCCUACCCCUCUUCCUUGUUUGCGGGCCCCUCCCCCCAGCAGGCUCCUCCCACUGGCCCCUCCUCCACCGAGAUGCAGCUGAGGAGAGUGCUCCAUGACAUCAGAGGCACAGUCCACAGCCUGGCGCAGACUUCGGCAGAGCUCCGCUCAGACACGUCCUCCGAGGUGUUCCCAGCUCACGCCCCCAGCCUGGCCAGGGGCAGCUCGGGCCUCGACCUGCACCAGGCCUCCCUGCUGGAGCUCCAGGGCAAGCGGAAGACCCUGAAUGUGUUCAGGACCCAGAUGAUGGACCUGGAGCUGGGCCUCAUCAGACAGCAGGCCCUGGUCUACCCCCACCUGGACCAGCACGAGAGGCAGGAGGCGGAGCAGCUGGAGCGUCUGCGCUCUGCAGUCAGACGGGAGCUGCAGGAACUGGACCUGCAGCUGGAGGAACGCCUCCUCGCUCUGAACGAGCAGACGCGCUCCAGCCAGCUCUGCAGCCUCUACCGCCACCCGCUGAGCAUCCAGAGAGGCCACAGUGUGGACACCCUGUCAAACCACUCAGCUCUGAGGGCCAUGGAACCAAUGUCUGACCUGCUGCGGGAGCAGCUGUACCUGCAGACCGAGCUGGGCUACGAGGGCGGGGCCAGCAGGGGGGCCACGCCCAGCUCGGGCCGCUCCUCCAGGUCGGCCAGCCCCCUCCGAGGCUCCGCCCUCACUCCCGAGCCCGGCCAACCGCAGAAGACGGGUGUGUACAGAGCUUCUGUGACCAUCACGCCCGCCACGCCCCAGCGCCCCAGCUCCCACGCCCCUCAGGCGGCCCGAGACACACACACACACCCAACGGAGGAGGAGCUGGGCCCGGGGGAAGGAGGGGAGAGACCGAGUGGAGAGAAGAAGAGUGAAGAGGGAAGGCAAGAAACCCCUCAACUACAACAGCUAAUUAAGGAGAUCAGACACAGCCUUGCUGAUGAGAUCCGCCAAGAGAUACUCCACGAGCUUCUCUCUGCUGUGUCGCCACAACGAUCUCCAGUGGCAACCAGAGAGUACCCCCUGUAACUGUGGCGACAGCCGUGAAAGGCGAAGAAGCACAGUUGCCCCCCCAUACUGAACACUGUAGGAGCCCCCCCCAUACUGAACACUGUAGGAGCCCCCCCCCAUACU